AUGUCUGCUCCGAGUGGGGGUCGCCCAUCCAAGCGCCCCAAACUUAUCCAGCACAUCCGUCGUGACGACACUGACCAGGUCAAUACCAGACACCGGAACUUCAGCUUGCAGGCAAAUGGCAACUUCAACCUCCGAACGUCUUACCUGUCUGCUCCCAAACCUGCCGCGAUAGAAGACAAGCAAGUGUCGUCUCAAUAUGCUCAUAGUGUGGACCCUUGGAAUGAGCUUCAGCUAGAAGAUUCACUGCCUCAUUUCGAUGAGCUGGUUCAAGCACGGCGCCGGAGAACACCAGGAGAUGAUCCCAUCGCCCUUUGGUUGCCAGAACACGAAACAUACUUGGAUGAACUCAUUUGUCUGGAAGGGCGAGGCAAGAGUGCUGGUGAACCAUGCUCAUGUGGGGAACUUUUCCCGUCAUUCAGAUGUCAAGAUUGUCUGUCCCCUCUUCUAUCUUGUCGUGCAUGCAUCUUGCAGUCACACCUCAAUACGCCAUUCCAUAGAAUUGAGGAAUGGAUGGAUGGAUUUUUUCAUGCCAUGACCCUCAAAUCUUUAGGGUUCCGUAUUCAGCUGGGUCACAGGUUGGGCGAAACAUGUUGUUGGCCGAGGCCUGCCUUUGAUGAUGACUUUGUCAUUAUCGACACUCACGGUAUCCAUGAAGUCGGCCUAGACUUCUGUGGCUGCGAACAUGAAGCCUCUCACUAUAAACAGUCACUUCAGGCGCGUUUAUUCCCUGCAACAACCACUGAUCCUAAAACUGCUGCAACCUUUGGCGUCUUGAAGUUUUUUCACUUGCUCUCAUUCAAGUCGAAAGUAUCAGCAUACGAGUUUUAUCAUAGUUUAGCAUGCCAGAGUGACAAUACUGGUAUCACGCCAAUACGAGAUCGCUAUUCCAUCUUCCUUAGGAUUGUGCAUGAGUGGAGAAACCUUCGGUCACUGAAGCGCUGUAGAGACUCGCGUUUCUGCAGGCUCAUAUGGGCUCAUAUUAUGAAUUCUGAUGACUGGCCUUCACGGCACAACUCGCACCAUCACCCUCUAGUCAUUCCCUAUAGAGCGCACCACUUUCCCGCAGAACGCGCCAUAGGCGCGACACUUUCCCACACAACGCGCAGUAUUCCCGCAUGGAUGUACAGUGUUUUUCUCGCAAUCGAUGCGAACUUUCGUCUUAAGUGCCGAGCCAUCUCUUCCGACAGCAAAGAUCCAGGUCUCAGCAGUGGGUGGGGCUACUUUGUCGACGAGAAGCAUUAUAAGGCCCAUAUAGCUAAUAGUUCUGCCGUCGUACAAGAGAGGAGCACUUGUGUGAGCCACAAUGCCGUGAACAUGGCGGACACAAAAAUGUCGAAAGGGCUUGCUGCCACAGGUGUCGGUACAGUUGACUGUGCCCGACAUGACAUGAAACUAGCAAAUGGUGUGGGAGAUUUACAGAAGGGCAAAAGAUAUUUGAAUAUGGACUACCUCGUGUUUUCGGCGUUGUCGACAUUUGCAAACCUCAAGGUCGUUAAUUUUUCUUAUGAUAUCGCGUGCCAAUGGCACAAGAAACUUUGGAGCCGCGUCCCUUCCCUCCCACUACGCCUUCAAUCAGAUCUCAUCGGGAAGACAUACCGGUUUUUUGUACCAAAAUUUCAUCUUGCGGCUCACAUUGAAGCUUAUGGGGAAGCCCCUGAACGUGGUUGGGCGAACAUUAAUCGUGUUGCUACAAGUACUAGAGAGAUGGGUCCUGGAGCACGUCAAGAUACUCUGGACGACCAUUUCGGAGACUGGAACUGGAAGAAAAUCACAUUGCUAGGUCGAGUGAUGUCAUGGAAGGCUAUUGAAGCAGUCCGCGCCGAGCAAGAGCACCAAAUCGCACUAUCUGAGCUCGAAGGUUCAAUUUGGGAGUCCGAACUAGGUGCCUCUUUGCUGGCAAAAUGGAGAGACGAGAUAGAGGCUUGGGAGAUGGACCACACAAAAUCCAAUCCUUUCGAGAGACAUGUUGACACUAUGACACAGGCAGCUGUUCGGUUGGAGCUCAUGAAACAAGAUGCCAAGGAGUUGGAGGAUGGCACUUUUGUGUCUCUUCACUCUGAGGUAUCUCAUAGUAUUCUCAUCAGCACCGGUAUUGACCUUGAGCAUGCACAACGUCGGUUAUGCGCAGACGCAGGACUACUUGGUCAACACCCGACUGACACUCAACGCACACACCUUUUGACUCGUAGCAACGCACUCCUUCGCCGCAUAGACACUUGGACCAAUAUUCAGACUCUGUACAUACCAUCAGUCACAAACCUCCGUGCCAAUGGGUUGAUUGACUCAUCUCUGAGCAACGGCAGCGAUGACAGUGGCUGUCCCAGGCCAAAUCCUAACUCCGGAAAGGCUGAAGACUCCCAGCUCCUUCUGCCCUCUGAGAUUUGUGAUCAUGUACAGUGUGAUCACAAGCUCCUCGAUGCAGAGUGGUCUCUCCGGCUCGCACAGGCUAAUGAUGCACUCAAUGAGUGUCACACUCAUAUUUGCCUUCGACAGCAGCUGGUGCAAUUCAAAAAACACCAUUGGACGGACGUGCAUAAUAUCCCGUAUGAUACGGGCCAGCGGACCAUGGGCCGAGGGUAG